AAUAAGGACGGUUUGAUUCUCACUUGGAAACAGCUAUAAUAACGAGGCAACAUUAUUAUUAACUCAAGUUUUUUUCAAAUUUGCUAGUUCCAUGGCAACGAUGGAGAGAUUCAAGUUCCUAGCGACGCAUUGUGAAGUUCCACAGAGCCCGACACGAAGUCCAAGCCCAAGCCCUAGGACAAGUCCUUUGGUACAGUUUCGUCGUAAGAAGACAACCUUAAAGAUGCUUUUGAGUUUUAUACCGCCGAGCCGUCGAGAGCAGCCGCUGAUUCAUCAGGCUCGUUCAUUAGCAGCUGAUAAAGACGUAGCUGGACGCAAACUGAGAGACUUAUUCGUUUCUUCGUCUCCUGUAGAGGAAGAAGAAGUUAAGAAGAGUCCGAAGGGGAAAACAAAAGAAGAAGUUCUUGCAGCCAAUGCAACUAAGUUAAACGCAGCUGCUAGUUCACAACCGGUUUGGUUGGGAAUCAGCAAGCGGCUUCUCCAGCGAGCUUGGCGUCCUAAGCUUGGUACCAUUCCUGAGUAAUGUUUAUCCCAAUUUUCUUGUCUUUCUUAUGUGACAUUGAAAACAAUUUGGAAACCAUUAGUUUCCUCUAUGAACAAAAAUAGUUAUGCAUUUUAUCA